AUGUCCAUGACUGAAUGGUCCAACGGACGCUUGUUGCAGGCGCAGAGCGAGGAGGACGCGAGCCCGGACGUGGACGUGGACGUCGACGACCCCCUGAAUGGUUUCAUGGGCGGAUUCUUCGCUCAGAGCUUCAAGGGCGUAAGAUGCUCAGAGAAGUCAAGCAAAGUCUCCAAGCCAGUUCACGAAGAGGAGAGUCUCACUGCGAGGCAGUGCCGAGAUGAGGCUUCUGGAUUUCCGCGGGGUCUUGGAGCCCGGUUAAUGGGAUUGCGGCUCGAGCAGACUGAGGAGCAUUCCCCGGAUCUAUACCCCUUGCACGUGGAGCAUUCUGGGAGCGUGCUGGGGGCGAACAGGGAGCGUUCUGGGAGCGUGCUGGGGCGUGCAAGGGUGGAGGAGAUUCGGGAGAUGAUAGAGAAGAUGCAUGCGAACGUGGAGUCCGUGAAGGUGAAGCACAGCGCCAUCCUCUCCGCUCCCACCACGGACGAUAGGUUGAAGCAGGAGCUGGAGGAUCUCACGGACGAAAUCAAGAAGGCUGUCAGCAAAGUUCGGGCCAAGUUGAAAGCAAUGGAGCAGAAGCUGGAGAAGAAGCGGGCGAAGAGCACGCCCGCCGCCACGCGCAUCCGCGAGACCCAGCUCGCCGCCCUCACGCGGGAGUACGUGCACGCCGUCGAGGCGUUCCACCGCGCCCAGACGGACUACCGCGAGCGGUGGAGGCGCCGGAUCCAGCGACAGAUCGAGUUCGCCGGGAAAUCUCUCAGCAGCAAGAAGGUGGAGGAGAUCGUCGACGCGGGGAACGAGAUCAUGUUCAUACACGGAAUCGUGAUCGACGAGGAGCUGAUGACCCUGGCGGAGAUGGAGUCGCGGCACGCGGACGUCGUGAAGCUGGAGGCGUCCAUCAAGGAGAUCCACGACCUGUUCGCGGACAUGGCGGAUCUGGUCGAGCGCCAGUUCCUGGCGGCUGUGGCCGUUUCAAGCGAGGCAGGGAAUGUCGGCGCCUGUCAUUCAAAGCUUGAGAUUGGCCUUGCUGCCACCUGGGAAUUCAUUGUCCCGACCAAUUCCUGCCAAUCCCAGAUGAGGUCGGUUGAUCGCUCGAGUGGCUUUCAGGUCACAAGCGGAGAAAUUUUUUGGAUUCAUCAUCGCAUCGGGUGCGAGUUGGGAGUCUCUGCUCGGUUGAUGACGAUGGGAUCUGGGCUUCUCUCUGUUCAUUCGCCGAAAAUCGUUCGUGAUUGGACCUAA